AUGACCUCAAUAUUAAUGAAACAGAUUGCUUUCUCCUAUCACAAAUACCUUGCUCAAUUUUCAACAAAUAAUUUUGUUUUUCCAAGAACUAGUUUAAGGGUAAGUUCUUAUCGCAUCCAAUAUCUUGGACUAUUUUUAUGGAAGCAGUUUUCUAAAUUUACUACUAAAAAUAUUACUACUCAGAAGAUCUCUUUGGAACAUUUCAGGAACAAAUCAAAAGAACAAAUCAAAGAGUCUCUUGAAGCAAAAGAACAAAUCAAAGAGUCUCUUGAAGCAAAAGAACAAUUCAAAGAGUCUCUUGUAGCAAAAGAACAAAUCAAAGAGUCUCUUGAAGCAAAAGAACAAAUCAAAGAGUCUCUUGUAGCAAAAGAACAAAUCAAAGAGUCUCUUGAAGCAAAAGAACAAUUCAAAGAGUCUCUUGAAGCAAAAGAACAAAUCAAAGAGUCUCUUGAAGCAAAAGAACAAAUCAAAGAGUCUCUUGAAGCAAAAGAACAAUUCAAAGAGUCUCUUGAAGCAAAAGAACAAAUCAAAGAGUCUCUUGAAGCAAAAGAACAAAUCAAAGAGUCUCUUGUAGCAAAAGAACAAAUCAAAGAGUCUCUUGUAGCAAAAGAACAAAUCAAAGAGUCUCUUGAAGCAAAAGAACAAUUCAAAGAGUCUCUUGUAGCAAAAGAACAAAUCAAAGAGUCUCUUGAAGCAAAAGAACAAAUCAAAGAGUCUCUUGAAGCAAAAGAACAAAUCAAAGAGUCUCUUGAAGCAAAAAGACUUUAA